AUGUCUUCUGGUUCGCAAGUCGUUUACCACUACCUCGCGAUUGGCAAGCUCGGCCGUGGUGAGGUUGUCAAGCUGUUCUUGAAAGAUGCUGGCAUUCCCUUUGAAGAAAAGAGAUAUGCCUACGACGAUACCUGGAAAGAGACCAGCGCAAAGCUCAAGGAGCAGGGCAUCACCCGCACCGGACUACUUCCGGCCAUUGAAUACAAAGGCCUUAUUCUAAACCAACACAUUCCAAUCCUCCGAUUCCUCUCUCGUGAGCUCGGCAAAUACGAUGGCCAGACAAGCCAUGACAAGUAUCUCGUCGAUGCCGUAUCAGAUCUCUACAUCGAAUGGAGAGCUGGCUGGGUAUCCAACCUGAACAACCCAUCAGAGGAGUACAAGAACAAGACAGUGCCCACUUUCCAUGAACGUCUCGAGCAGUACUACUCUGAUCGCGAGGGCCCUUAUCUUCUUGGCAAUGAAGUUAGCUAUGCGGACUUUGCGGUUUAUAUGUCUAUUGAUAAUGAUACUAGGACAAAGUCCAUUCCGUCCAAGAUUCCGGACGUUCUUCUCAAGUUGAAGGAAGAGUUUGAGAGACGUCCCAACAUUGCCGAGUAUAUUAAGCAGGAAUAG